AUGUCUUCGAGGAGCGGCUAUAACCCUUUUCCCCUUCCUGCACGUGCUCAAGCGCGCCAGACCAGCCUAGCAAUUAGAAUCCAUUUUCCUGACCCCACUGCCUUCCUGGAUUUGCCCUUAUGUCUCCCAAGCUUCUCAUUUGCUCUAAUGAUUACAAUCCAGGCCAAGUCUAGAGCAUCAUUUUCUUUCGUUUAUGUGGAGAAUCCGCAACUGCAGAAUGUCUUAAUUCCUGUGCUCUUACUCACCUACUUAAUCACCUUAGCAGGUAACCUGCUCAUCUCCAUCACUAUCUUCAUCAGCCCAGCCCUGGGCUCUCCCAUGUACUUUUUCCUGUCCUGCUUGUCCCUUAUCGAUGGUUUCUACUCCACCUCCAUAGCUCCCAAAAUGAUCUUUGACUUGAUUUCUAAGAAGAAUACCGUAUCCUUUAAUGGUUGCAUGACUCAGCUAUUUACUGAACAUUUUUUUGGUGCAGUUGAGAUCAUCUUAUUAAUAGCAAUGGCUUAUGACCGAUACGUGGCCAUCUGUAAACCUCUACACUACUCAACCAUCAUGAGCGGCAAGCUGUGUAGUUUCCUGGUGGGAACGGCUGUGGUUUUGGGGGUUAUUCAUGGAGGGAUCCAGCUUUUGUUCAUACUCCAAUUGCCGUUUUGUGGUCCUAAUGUCAUUGACCAUUUUAUGUGUGAUUUAAUUCCUCUCCUGGAGCUGGCCUGCACAGACACUCACAUCUUGGGACCCCUGAUAGCCACCAACAGUGGGUCACUCUGUUUGCUCAUUUUUUCCAUGCUACUCACCUCCUACAUCAUCAUCUUGCACUCACUAAGGUCUUACGGCUCUGAAGGUCGCCACAAAGCCCUCUCCACAUGUGCCUCCCAUAUUACUGUUGUCAUUUUAUUCUUUGUACCCUGUUCAUUUCUGUACCUGAGACCUAUGACCUCUUUCCCUGCUGACAAAGCAGUGACUGUAUUUUGCACUCUCAUAACUCCUAUGUUGAACCCUUUAAUCUACACCCUGCGGAAUGCAGAAGUGAAAAAUGUCAUGAAGAAACUUUGGGGUCAAAUAAUGGAAAACAGCAGUAAAUAA